GUGCAUCGGGGCGCAAUGCGGGGGCUGGCGCCCUGCCGGGGACGCGGGACAGAGCAGCCCCUCCAGCCCGGGACGGGGUCCGGUGGAAGGGCGGGCAGAGCCCCGACUCCGCGCCCGGGAGCCCCAGCUCUCCGGACGCACGGGGGCCUGCGCGCUCCGGCGCCCUGGCGGCCGGGCUCGGGGGGCCGCGCCUCACCUCGGGGUUACAGCAGCUGCGCGGGGUCGGAGGGCUUGGAAUCCCGCCUCCGUCCCACGAACUGUUUGCCGGUUCUACUCGCAGUAUGCUCGCUACUGACGACUUGGGAAGUAAAGGCAUCAAACGCCUUUAAACCUAACAUUCUGCUGAUAAUGGCAGAUGACCUUGGCAUCGGGGACCUCGGUUGCUAUGGGAACAAUACACUGAGGACGCCGAAUAUCGACCGGCUGGCAGAGGAAGGCGUCAGAUUCACGCAGCACCUGGCAGCCGCCCCACUUUGCACCCCGAGCAGAGCUGCAUUUCUCACGGGGAGGCACUCCAUCAGGUCAGGCAUGGACGCCAGCGAUGGAUACCGGGCCCUGCAGUGGAACGGGGGCUCGGGCGGACUCCCCAAGAAUGAAACCACGUUUGCCAGCAUCCUGCAGCAGCAAGGCUAUGCAACCGGCCUCAUAGGAAAAUGGCACCAGGGCGUGAACUGUGAAUCCCGCACAGACCACUGCCAUCACCCACUGAGCCACGGAUUCGACUAUUUUUACGGCAUGCCUUUCACGCUGGUAAAUGACUGUCACCCCGGCAGACCCCCAGAAGUGGAUGCCCACACGAGAGCCCAGCUCUGGCAUUACACCCAGAUGAUGGCCCUGGGGCUACUGACCUGUGCGGUCGGCAAAACCUGCCGGUUAAUCUCCAUUCCCUGGAAGGCGGUCGUCGGCGCGGCCAGCAUCGUCUUUCUGUUCUUCGCCUCCUGGUACGCCAGCUUCGGCUUCGUCCGUCGCUGGAAUUGCAUCCUGAUGAGAAACCAUCGCGUCGUCGAGCAGCCCAUGGUUUUGGAGAGAACAGCGAGUCUUAUGUUACAGGAAGCCGUUUCCUACAUCGAAAGAAAUAAGCACGGCCCUUUCCUGCUCUGCAUCUCCUUGCUACACGUGCACAUCCCCCUUGUCACCACAAAACAGUUUCUGGGGAAAAGCCGGCAUGGCUUAUACGGAGACAACGUGGAGGAGAUGGAUUGGCUCAUAGGUGAAAUUCUGAAGGCCAUUGAAGAAAACGGUUUGAAAAACACGACAUUCACCUAUUUUACCUCUGAUCAUGGAGGUCAUUUGGAAGCAACACAUGAGCGUGGCCGACUUGGGGGAUGGAAUGGAAUAUAUAGAGGUGGUAAAGGAAUGGGCGGCUGGGAAGGCGGCAUCCGGGUCCCAGGGAUAGUGCGCUGGCCCGGGGUGCUGCAGGCUGGCCGGGUGAUCCAGGAGCCCACCAGCCUGAUGGACGUGUUCCCCACCGUGGUCCAGCUGGGGGGCGGCGAGGUGCCCCAGGACAGGGUGAUCGAUGGCCGCAGCCUGGUACCCCUGCUGCAAGGAGCUGCUGAGCCCUCGGCACACGAGUUCCUAUUUCAUUACUGUGGGAAGCAUCUCCACGCGGCACGCUGGUAUGACAAGGACAGCGGAAGACUGUGGAAGGUCCAUUAUGUGACACCGCGCUUCCACCCCGAGGGAGCGGGGGCCUGCCACGGCCGAGGCGUGUGCCCCUGCUCUGGGGACGGCGUGAUCCAGCACCACCCGCCCUUGCUGUUUGACCUCUCCAGGGACCCCUCCGAGGCGCAGCCCCUGUCCCCCGGCUCUGAGCCCCUGUUCUACGCGGUGGUGGUGAGGGUGGGCGAGGCUGUGGAGCAGCACAGGAGGACCCUGACUGCUGUGCCCCCCCAGUUUUCCCUGAGCAACAUCGUGUGGAAGCCGUGGCUGCAGCCGUGCUGUGGGACUUUUCCCUUUUGCUCCUGCAGCCAGGAUGGACACCACAGCGCGACGUGACCUCACUCAUUCCAGGAUGGGGGUCCUCAAGCAGGUGUUCACGACUCUGUGAAGCAAAGGGACCCCUCACGCACUGUUUGGUGGGACUGUAAAUUCCCUUACAGGACCAGUAAGUUCUGGGUCUUGUGUACAGCACAGUGGUGGUGGUUAACAGGCUGGACAGUGGCCAAGAGCGUGGAUCGCAAGUCCUCAGCACUUGAGAUGGAUGCACGUGUCCAUUCACUUGAUUGUGAUCAUUUUUCUAUGACGUGUACGUCUAUCCAAUCCUCACGUCACCCACCUGAAAUAAAUGCAGUUUUAUUUGUCAAUUAUA